AUGGGGAACUUGCUUGGUGGCAAUCGCCACUUCGAGGGCGUGGUGGCAGGAUUGCCGAGCAUGGCUGGGAAGGUGGUAGCUGUCACGGGCUGCACUUCGGGCACCGGCAAGAUCUUUGCACAGGUUUGUGCCGAGAAAGGCGCCAAGCUUGUUCUUCUGAACCGAGAGUCUGAGCGCGCUACGCAAGCUUUGAAGGACAUCAGCGAAGCAGCAAAGGCCGCGGGCGCACCUGAGCCUUCUGGCAUCCCAUGUGACCUCAUGAGCUUCAAGAGCGUGCGUGCUGCCGGCGAAAAGCUGCAGGCGGAGCUUCGAGAGAGUGGACUCGAUGUCCUGUGUAACAACGCCGGCAUCAUGGGUUUCGGAGACAAGGCAACAGAGGACGGCUGCGAUAUCCAGAUGCAGACAAACCACCUGUCCCACUUCCUUCUGACCUAUCUCUGCAUGCCUUUGCUUGACAAGGCGGCAUCUUUGCGCGGUGAGGCACGCGUGGUAAAUCACUCGAGUUGUGCACGGGUGAUGACUGGCCCGGAGUUUACGAACAAGUUGGAAGAGAAGUACAUGCAGAAGAACGGCGGAAACUUGGGUGGAGACAGCGAGGAGAUCAUGAGGGGUGCGAACUUCGUUCGGUACCAGCAGACAAAGCUGGCCAACGUGGCUUUCACCUAUGCUCUGCACAAGCGCUUGCAAGAGGCAGGCUCCAAGGUCAAGGCCCUCGUGGCCCAUCCCGGCGUUGCUCCCACCCAGCUGGCACAGGGCACCAUGAAGGCUGGUGGCGCAAACGACCUUGCACGCUAUCCGAAGUGGGCCAGCAGCAUUUUCUUCAAGUUGAUGUACCAGUCCGAGGAAGAUGGUGCGGUUGGAAUCCUUCGCAACUCCUGUGACCCUGCCGCUAACUCGGGCGACUUCUUCGGCCCAUUGGGCAAAGGAGGAGCCACUGGAGCUUUCGAUACCGGCGAGUUCAAGGGCCCUGUUGGAUUGCUGAAGCACCUUGGUCAUUUCUACGACCUAUGGAAAGGCAAGUCCCAAAAGUAA